GCAAUGUUGAUCUUGUUCUGCAGUUUAUUUGCUUUAUAUUUAUGGUUCAGAGAAGCAAGAUCAAAAGAUUAUUUUCGUAACAAACACGUCUUUAUUACUGGAGCUUCUUCUGGAAUUGGGAAAUCUUUGGCUAUACACUUAGCUACAACUAAAGGUGCACGAGUUUCUUUGGCUGCUCGUUCUUUGAAUAAAUUGGAGGAUAUAUGCAAAAGUAUUCAGAAGAAAGGUGGAAGUGCACAUGUAAUCCAUUUGGAUCUUUGCGAUUCUUCUUCCUUUACCAAGGCACUCGAAAAGAGCUUUCAAGGCUUUGGAAAUAUCGAUAUUCUGAUUGCGAAUGCAGCAGUCAAUAAUGAUGGAAAAUGUUUUGCAAGUUUAUCUUUGGAGCAGAUUGACAAGGUUAUAGAAACGAAUCUUAGAGGCACUAUAUUAUUCAUACAUUUAGUUUUAAUGAAUAUGAUGAAAGAUAAUCGUGGCCAUAUUGUUGGAAUAUCUUCUCUUGCAGGAUAUCGAGGUCUUCCAAUGGGUUCGAUAUAUGGAGCUACCAAAGCUGCAUUGUCUAAUCUGUUUGAAUCGUUACGUAUCGAGUUGUACUGUUCAAAUGUUUAUAUCACGACUAUUCAUCCAGGCUUUAUUGAUACUCCUGCUAUUCAAGGAAUGAAACAUCCCAAGUUGUUUCUUCUUUCUGCAGAAACUGCUGCCAAAAAGAUUGCCAACGCAAUUGCUCAAAAGAAGUAUACUUAUAGCUUUCCUUGGGUAAUGGAACAUAUUGUCAUGAGGUUUGUACGAUAUCUUCCUGAAAAUGUAUUUGUUCCUUUGUUGUAUCUCGUUACUAGAAAAAAUAUUUGAGUCUCAUUCCACUAAGGAAAGGAUUCUUUUUAUUGCAUUCCUUGUUGCUUUUUGUUUGCUUCUGAAUGAGUUGUAACCUAUCUUAGACCUUGUCUUUAUUGA